AUGAUUCAUUGUUGUCAAAAAUACCGCUUCUCUAUUGUGCCACGCGUAGAGAAUCUGGCUGGGGAUAUAUCCUGUUUGCUUCCUGAAGGUACUAGUACAGUAUGGCAUGGUGCGGCUAUAGAUCUGCACAUUAAAACUAAGACCAAACACGCACACACGACGUGCCGGUUUCCUCGACAUAUGUCCUUGAAAGGGUACCUCGAAUCAUUCUCCUACCAUCUCUCAUACGCCCGCGCUGCUCUCCCUCAAGCGACCUUUGAAUCAUUCCAAAGUAAACAAGAAGCAAGGCAUCAACAAAUUCAGAAAAACUUCAACAUGAGGACGGUUGGGUUGUUCUGUAUCAUUCUUCUUACUGGACUCGCCGCCGGCUUCGAAGGAGACUUGACUUACUACUUUCCAAGCGCUGGCACGUCCGCCUGUGGAAGAGACCAUAGCGAUCUUGACUUUGUGGUAGCGCUCUCGCCUGAAGAUUUCAUCGCCACUCUGAAUCCGAACGAAUCUCCAUCCUGUCAACAAUGUGUGCUCAUCACUGGCCCUACAGGUGCGACCGUCAAGGUUCAAGUGACCGAUAAAUGCCCCGGAUGUGUCAAGGGCGCUCUUGACGUGAGCCCCGCCGCCUUCGACGUGAUAGCCCACCGCGACGUCGGCAGGAUUCGAGUGUCCUGGGAAUAUGUGCCUUGCGAUGGAGACAAUCAAGGUACUAUGCGCCAAGCCCAAGUGGCCAGCAAUGGAGUUCGCCAAGUUUCCCCAGCAUCUCUUGUUGGUUACUACGCUUGGACAUGGCAAAGCACAUCUGGCCUUUCCGACGCGACCAUGUCUGUUGCUUUUAGCGGAUGGACAGAUGUGCAGAACGCGUUGAGAGACAGCGGGAAUGUGUACGACUCGCUGAAGGGGGCAAAUACAUCUCGUUUGGAGGGGGAAACGAAAAUGGAAAAUUCACACAGGCCGGCAUUACAGGCAUCGAUUCGGCAAUCACCGGUGGACAGCUAUCUGGCUAUUCCGGAAUUGUGUACGACGUUGAGGGGGGGGACAGUGGUCUUGCUGAUGCUUUUGCCAAUUCGUUUGCUCUAGCUAAAUCAAAUGGGUUUUCAGUUGUCGUGACUGUGAGCCACUCCGCGCCGUACGCAAUCGCGGAUGCCCCCACCCUGAUGGGCUCGUUCUUAUCUUCAUCUAACAUCGACUACAUCUCCCCGCAGUUGUACACGAGCGGAACGGAAACGUCAAACGAUUACGAGAUUUCCAGCUCCAGCGAGUAUGGAUGGGAAUAUGGAUGGGAAAACUACCAGACUUCCACCCCAGCCGUGGUGGUCUCCAUCGUUCAAGCUAGCUUCUACGAUGAUGCCUGCACAUAUUUCAAGAACAUCGGGAUUCCGUUGAGUGGGUACAUCCAAUGGGCGCAGUGAUAUUUUAGCGAUAUGCCUCUGAGGCUGUUGCAGCCCUUCACUUCCUUCAUGUGCACACCGUAAUCUGAUAGUACAAUGCGGGCAAUUACAGUAUAUACAGAGAAUCCGUACCCUCUCGGAUAGGAUAUUGGGUACGAUGCGUAGCGUCGUACAAUAUAUUUGUUCCAAUUUGGUUCUGAUCCAGUCGACCAGCAUUUGUAAACGGGGAGAGAAAAGAAAGGUUUACGUUACUGAUAUGAAGAUCCUGGUGUCUGUGUAUUAGACCGUUGUUCUCAUAUGCGGACAGUUUUCGACAUAUUUUUUUCUUGA